GCGCGCCUGCGCCCCGGGGCCGCUGCAACGGGAGGAAAGCGGCUGCCUCAGGAGGACCCCUUUCCUCCCAGAAAUUACUCAAUGCUGAAACCUUUCAAAGUGAUAUUAGAGGCGUUGGAAGCACCAUGGAUGGGUUUUAUGAUCAGCAAGUCCCUUUUAUGGUCCCAGGGAAAUCUCGGUCAGAGGAAUGUAGAGGGCGGCCUGUGAUUGACAGAAAGAGGAAGUUUUUGGACACAGAUCUGGCCCAUGAUUCUGAAGAGUUGUUUCAGGAUCUCAGUCAACUUCAAGAGGCUUGGUUAGCUGAAGCACAAGUUCCUGAUGAUGAACAGUUUGUCCCAGAUUUCCAGUCUGAUAACUUGGUGCUUCAUGCCCCACCUCCAACCAAGAUCAAACGGGAGCUGCACAGCCCCUCCUGUGAGCUGUCGUCCUGUAGCCAUGAGCAGGCUCUCGGUGCUAACUAUGGAGAAAAGUGCCUCUACAGCUAUUGUGCCUAUGAUAGGAAGCCUCCCUCUGGGUUCAAGCCAUUAACCCCUCCCACCACCCCCCUGUCACCCACCCAUCAGAACUCCCUAUUUCCCCCACCUCAGGCAACUCUGCCCACCUCUGCACAUGCCCCUGCAGCUGGCCCGGUACAAGGUGUGGGCCCCGCCCCCGCCCCUCAUUCGCUUCCUGAACCUGGACCACAGCAGCAAACCUUUGCGGUCCCCCGGCCACCCCAUCAGCCCCUGCAGAUGCCAAAGAUGAUGCCUGAAAACCAGUAUCCGUCGGAACAGAGAUUUCAGAGACAACUGUCUGAACCCUGCCACCCCUUCCCUCCUCAGUCAGGAGUUCCUGGAGAUAAUCGCCCCAAUUACCACCGGCAAAUGUCCGAACCUAUUGUCCCUGCAGCUCCCCCACCCCCUCAGGGAUUCAAACAAGAAUACCAUGAUCCACUCUAUGAACAUGGGGUCCCAGGCAUGCCAGGCCCCCCAACACAUGGGUUCCAGUCACCAAUGGGCAUCAAGCAGGAGCCCCGGGAUUACUGCGUUGAUUCAGAAGUGCCUAACUGCCAGUCGUCCUAUAUCAGAGGGGGGUAUUUCUCCAGCAACCAUGAAGGCUUUUCAUAUGAAAAAGAUCCCCGGUUGUACUUUGACGACACUUGUGUUGUUCCUGAGAGACUGGAAGGCAAAGUCAAACAAGAGCCCACCAUGUAUCGGGAGGGGCCCCCUUAUCAGAGACGAGGUUCCCUUCAGCUGUGGCAGUUCCUGGUUACCCUGCUUGAUGACCCAGCCAAUGCCCACUUCAUUGCCUGGACGGGUCGUGGCAUGGAGUUUAAGCUGAUCGAACCUGAGGAGGUUGCUCGGCGUUGGGGCAUCCAGAAGAACCGGCCAGCCAUGAACUAUGACAAGCUCAGCCGUUCUCUACGCUAUUACUACGAAAAGGGCAUCAUGCAGAAGGUGGCUGGGGAGCGAUACGUCUAUAAAUUUGUCUGUGACCCGGAUGCCCUUUUCUCCAUGGCCUUCCCUGACAACCAGCGUCCGUUCUUGAAGGCAGAGUCUGAGUGUCACCUCAACGAGGAGGAUACCCUGCCACUGACCCACUUUGAAGACAACCCGGCUUACCUCCUGGACGUGGAUCGCUGCAGCAGCCUCCCCUAUGCCGAGGGCUUUGCUUACUAAGUUUCUGAGCGGCUAAGCGGCCAAACCCUAGAGCUAGCAGUUCCCAUUCAGGCAAAUGAGGGCAGUGGUUUUGUUUGUGUUUUUGGCUGUUCCUAAAGCUUGCCCUUUGAGUAUUAUCUGGAGAACUCAAGCUGUCUCUGGAUUGGCACCCUUAAAGACCGAUACCUUGGCUGGGGAGUGGGGACAGGGAGGAGGGGCAGAGAAACCACCAAAAGGCUGGUGCCUCAGCUCUGACCCUGACAAGGUUUCUGGGAAGAGAUUGAAAUGGAGCCUCCUUCCCAUGGACAAUAUAUGCAAAGCAAUACCUUGUUCAGGUUAGUGCCCACAAACCAGGACGGAGUGUGUGACAAUCUGCAUUGAUCACGGACUACUAAUUGCCUUUACGUAGAAGGGCUCUGAUUUGCACAAUUUAUUGAACAAGAAAUGACAAACCUGUAGAAGAGUAGGUAGGCUACGAAGUCGGGGAGGCUCAAACCAUGAAGGGUUAAAAAUAGAUCUUAAAAUCUGGAGAGUUCUUCUAGCUCAAUCUGAAAUGUUUCCCCCUUGGUCUAGAAAGAAGGAUGGGGGCGGGGGGGAAGUCAGAACAGCUGUUACCCACUCCAUGGUUCUCAAAUAAUAAACCAUUGCUACUCUUGGGAACCUUCUAGCCAUGUGGUCACCAAGUAGAACAAGCCCCCUUUCUCUUCCCAGUCACACGGCCGUGUGUGGAUGGCUUUCAUUUCAGAAGGGUGAUUUACACUUUUGACAGUAUUUUGUUUUGCUUUGAUUCGGGGGAUUGUUUUGUUUUGGUGG